AUGUGCUCUCGGGGAGUGGGAAGGACCGCAGAGCAGGGGGGACGCAGCGGCAGAGCUGGCGAAAGGCAGAGGAUCCGAGGGAGAGUCCGGGCAGUUAUCAGUCAGCUCGAAGGAAUCUUGAGGGACCUCAAAGAAGUGGCCAAAGAGCUGAGAGAGGUGGUGGAGCAAAUAGACAAACUCACCUCAGACUUUGAGUUUGAAUUGGAUGCAGAUGACUGGACCCCAGGAACUGUUAGUAGCACAUCCAGUAGUGAGAAGGGGAUUCCCCUCUGUGACCUGGGACCCAUGGAAUUCUUAAGUUCAGACAGCUGGGAAUUCUGCUCCUUCCUGGAAGCCUCAACCCCAUCAGAUUCUGGAGAUGGAUCAGACCGUCCCACUGAUUUUACAUUGCUCAAUGGGGGAAUUACUCCAAAUUGUCCAGACUCCUCCAGUGAGGAAACCCCCGUCCCACCACCAAAACCUCACCCAGGUAGGAACCCUGGAUCUAGAGACAGGGUGAGGUUCAGUGACAAAGUUCUUUACCAUGCACUGUGUUGUGAUGAUGAGGACUCUCCACAUGGCCAGGAACCAACAAGGGAUACCCCCAGGCCUGCAGCUUCCUGUGUUGCUGCAAAAAGCAGGCAGGGUGUCCUGACUGGUGGCAGGAGAGGGACAAGGAACUGCAGUACCCAGACUGUGUGUGACAAGAGCACACAGACUGUGCUGCCUUAUGUGCCAAAAAAAGCAAAGGAGAGACACUAA